AUGUUCUACGUUACCGUUUUUACUUUCGUCGUCCUCUCCGACUUCAUUACUGAGGCUCAGUUCAAUCAAUGGGACCCCUUCAGCCCCAACUUCAAUCCAAUUCCUCCAGAGACCUUCCAGGGAGGAGUGUUCAGCCCUGAUUGGGAAGCCAAUCUCGCCAGACAGAUCCAGGAAUCAAAUGCUAGAACGCCAACGUCAGAAGGAUCAUCCAGUAUAAACACAGUAAAUGACGUUACGAUGGUCACUGCAACCAUUGGUGGCAAACUUCGCAUGGCCACCUUACCGAAAGGCAGUUCAGUGGCUACAUCUUCGAACAGCUAUACUAACAGAGCCGGUCAACAUGUUCAAGAGUUCACAAUNAAUCUCGCCAGACAGAUCCAGGAAUCAAAUGCUAGAACGCCAACGUCAGAAGGAUCAUCCAGUAUAAACACAGUGAAUGACGUUACGAUGGUAACUGCAACCAUUGGUGGGAAACUUCGCAUGGCCACAUUACCGAAGGGCAGUUCAGUGGCUACAUCUUCGAACAGCUAUACUAACAGAGCCGGUCAACAUGUUCAAGAGUUCACAAUCACUGUCAAUGGGGUCCCGUACCGUUAUACGACUGUUGGCAAUCGUACAACUGGCCCAGCCGGUGGUGGACCUUUUGACAUACGUUCUCGUUGA